UCAUAUCCUUGGGUACGGCUGCCAAAACCUUGUCUGUUUUUUCCUAUGACAGGGGAAAUUUUGUGGUGGCCAUGGGGGUUAUCUCGCUCGUGUAUAUCCUCUAUGUUGUUCUUGGGACGUUCUACAUACCAAGAAUUGUCCCGGCCGGAGUGGUCUUGAUUCUGGAGGGUAUCAUUAUGAUCCUCUGGUUCUCUGCCUUUGUUGCCAUCGCAGAUUUAUGGGGUGGAUUCUCCUGUGGUAAUAGGUCCAAUUUUGGUGGCUUUUUUGGAAAUGACUUUUUUGGAAAUGAUGGUUUCUUUGGAAAUGGUUUCUCCUCAGCUUGCAAGGCCGGUAAAACAUCGAUUGCCUUCUCUUGUUUCGCAUGGCUCGCAUUCCUCGUCAGUUUUGUUGUUAUAAUUAUCAACUACCUUCGCCAGGGAACCGGUACGUUUGCGGAGAAGUUUAACCAUAUUUUAAGUAGAGGUGGCUUAAACUUUUCCCCUGGAGUUGGGCCUUCAACUGUUGGUGAUGCCUCUGAUGUCCACCCUGCCGCGUCCAAUGAAACGGGAAUUAAAGACGAGGGUCAAAACCACUCUCAGUUCACUGCCCCAGCUAACGCAACUGAUCAACCAGAUACUGCCAAUGUUGAACCGGGGGCUGUCCAGAAUGGCCGCGGUCAAGACCUUGAUCUUUCUGAUGUUGACAUCGAAGGUAACCCUGGCACUGGUAUUACUAAUACCGAUGUUAAAACCUAGGCUGGCUUAGGUGUAC